CAGUGCCAUAUUGGCGAGUGUAAACGUGUUUGCCUGAGUAUCAAUUGGAAAUACUCAAAAUCAACUUUACGAUAGAAAUUUCGUAGCGGCUUCCCGCAAUAUCGAAGUUUUUUUUGAUUGCCUGGCUGUAUCUAGUACUCAAUCUAUGUCCUGCAGCAACAAUGUAGUGACGGUGCGAGCCCGGACAGUGUGCGAAGGCCCCAAAAAAUAUUCUCAAUUGCCUUAUCUCUCUAGAGCCCCUUUCUACUAAAAAUACAUACCUGAGAAUAAAUAAAUAUUUCUGAUGACACACGUUUUUCCAUCUAUAAAAUAAAAAUCAUUUUUUGAUUGCUUGCCCCAACAAUGAAAAACGUUCUAAAAGUUUUGAAAAUAUUCAGUCCUAUAUCGAGUUAUAUUUAAUCAUCUCUCUGAAUCGUCCCAGUGGUGUUUACUUAGAUUCCCAAAAAUUAGUACCGCCUGGAUAAGUUUUGCAUUGGAAUAAAAGACUAUGAGAAAACAAAAAGGGCAUUUACUCUCAGCAAAUAAAGCAGUCAUAGAUUAUUUUACAAAAUCAUUUGUUCUUGUGGGAGAUAACACUCGAAUGUGUAUUGAGUGGUAUACCAUACAACCUGUUGUAAACUGUCAGACGUUGCCUUGAGAAUCGAUUAUUCGCUUUGCGAGUGCAGUGGCUUGCGGUUAUUCGACCGAUUCGCUGAUUACUCAGCAAAUUAUGUAAGCGGUUGCCAUUUGACUCCCAUGUAGGCCUUAUCAGCGUGCAAACAAACAGGCACUCACUUGCCAGCAGGUUGUAGAACUAAUAAGCUAAUGCCACUCGAGGCCCCGACUUCUGUCUCUCGAAGUGGAUCCUAAACUGAAUCAGAAACUGGAACUGAGCUGGGCCGGAAACUGAGACUCGAGAGACUCAGUCUCGAGUGCGAUAUUGGCGAGUGUGAACGUGUUUACUUGGGCUUCGAUUGCCAACACUCGAAACCAAUUUUGCGAUGGCAAUUACACGGCGGCUUCCCUGGCCGAAGCUACUUUAUACAUUCAUCUGGCUGUGGGUGGCAUUGGAUCUAAGUUGUGCAGCUGGAGUGCCCAACGAUCAGUUUGUGUUUCCCUCGGAAUCGAAGGAAAAUCCGCCCAUCCGACUGGCGUCCAGACUGAGGGAAAUUGACCGGCAAAUGGAGGAGGUCAUCAGAGCCACAAAUGUUACCCUCGUGAUCCCCAAGGAAGGCAGAAAGGGGUCCUCCAGAACUGCAACUUUCGAAAGCACCACACAGGAACCAGGAAGUACACCCACUGAAAAAGAAAAGAAGCUUAACUUACCAUCCCCUCAGGAAAAUAAAACCCGCCAUACCCCCAGCGAAUCCAAGAUGGUCACAUUCGUCAGAGAACCAGAAUCCAAUAUAUCUGCACCUUGGGAUCAAACUCAAGCCCCCAUUGUUUCCGAUCCAAAUAGUGUGAUUAUUGGACCGAGGAUUGUCCUGGAAACCACGAAAAUUUGUCCGAAAGGUACAGUCCUGACCGUUAAUGACCACUGCCGCAAGAUUGCCUAGGAACGGGUGUAUUUCCUAAACAAAUGUCUUAGUGUGCCUUGCUUCACUGUGAAAUACUGAGAUUUAAUAGCUAGGAAUAGGAAACCAUUUAUCGUCAUUGCUGGUGAGAUUUAUUAGCCAAAACUUGGAAUACCAGUCGUCCAAAAUAUCUAUUUGUAUAGCUACCAAUAAUAAUAUAAAAAAUAAAUAAAUAAAUCCUAAAGUUGACAUUGUAAAAUA